UAGGGAUCAUGAGGGCGGAUGCGGGCAGUCACGGAUGACUGCAAUGGAGGUCUGGGGCACGCCGCAGCGGAUGAGGGCCACGGCUGAGGGCGCGGAUCUCCGUCGUCGGCGCAUCUGGCGUUCAUGCGGUAUAUAUAACACUCGUCCAGGGCGCGCGGUCGAGUGCCAGCAUUAUCGUCGUCAGCCGCAAAGAGCGUUUGUGAUACCCACGUCCCUCGUCCAUAUAUUUUCUCCCCAACUCAACCACUCACCACUGCUUCAACCAAACACUCUUCCACAACACACACCACAACUCGAAACACCGCAAAUAUGGUCGUCAAGGCAGGUAUCAACGGAUUCGGCAGAAUCGGACGUAUCGUCUUCCGCAAUGCCAUCCAGCACGGUGACGUUGAGGUCAUUGCCGUCAACGACCCUUUCAUUGAGCCACACUACGCUGCGUACAUGCUGAAGUACGACUCCACACACGGUAUCUUCGAUGGCAAGAUCGAGGUCGACGGCAACCAGGGCCUGAUCGUCAACGGCAAGAAGAUCCGCUUCUACAUGGAGAAGGACCCAGCUGCCAUUCCAUGGGGUGAGGCUGGCGCCGAGUACAUCGUCGAAUCCACUGGUGUCUUCACCACCACCGAGAAGGCCCAGGCACACAUCAAGGGCGGCGCAAAGAAAGUCGUCAUUUCCGCUCCAUCUGCUGACGCGCCAAUGUUCGUCAUGGGCGUGAACAACACCGAGUACAAGUCCGACAUUCCAGUCAUCUCCAACGCUUCUUGCACAACCAACUGCUUGGCUCCUCUCGCCAAGGUCAUCCACAACGAGUUCACCAUGAUCGAGGGUCUGAUGACCACCAUCCACUCCUACACUGCCACACAGAAGACCGUCGACGGUCCAUCAGGCAAGGACUGGCGUGGAGGCCGUACCGCGGCCCAGAACAUCAUCCCAUCUUCGACUGGUGCCGCUAAGGCUGUCGGCAAGGUCAUUCCAGACUUGAACGGCAAGCUCACUGGCAUGUCCAUGCGUGUGCCAACUGCCAACGUCUCCGUUGUCGACUUGACCUGCCGCAUCGAGAAGGGUGCCAGCUACGACGAGAUCAUUGCUGCCCUGAGGAAGGCUUCCGAGGGCGAGCUCAAGGGUGUCCUCGCAGUCACCGACGACGACGUUGUCUCCAGCGAUCUCAACGGCAACAUCAACAGCUCCAUCGUCGACGUCAAGGCCGGUAUCUCCCUCAACAAGAACUUCGUCAAGCUCGUCUCCUGGUACGACAACGAGUGGGGUUACUCCCGCCGUGUCAUCGACCUUCUGGCAUACAUUGCCAAGGUCGACGGCAACGCUUAAGCAAAAGCCUCUUCCCGAAGAUGGAUCAAAUUCUCGAAAAAAGCAAAAGCAUGCCUACAGAGCAGACCACAGUAAGGAGUGUGGUGUACACCCUUUCUGUUGCCAUGCAACGGCAUUGCAAUUUAUGGAUAUGAACAGUAGCUAGCCACUAGCCAGCUAGAUUAUGAGCAUGACAACUUUCAAACACAGACAAAUGAUAGUCUCGUGAUGAUUCGAUCAAA